AUGACAGAGCCAAAUAGCAAGACAUCUAUUUCCCCUGAAACAGGCCUGCAACAGACUCCCAAUGAAAUAGCUCCUACCGAAUUUAAAUACAAAAUAGGGAAAGUGAAACAGACACCGACGGUUCAAGUUGAUCCGAAAUCCGGCUUGAGUUACAUUGUACUGAAGGCAAAACCAACUGAAAAAGUAUAUGGUUGUACCAAAUUUGCCAAUAAUUAUAGAGAGGACAAGAAACUAGGUCAAGGUACUUUCGGUGAAGUUUACGAGGGUGUCCACCUUGCCACACAGAGACAAAUUGCAAUGAAGAAAAUAUUGGUCAAUGUUGAAAAGGACCUUUUCCCAAUUACAGCACAACGUGAAAUCGUUAUAUUGAAAAGGUUGAAUCAUAAAAAUAUUAUUAAACUGAUAGAAAUGGUAUAUGAUUAUGCACCAGAUUCAUCAUCUUCAAGAGCAGCUGAAGUAAAGAGUCUUUCCACGGCUGCCGGGCCACCAGCGUCACCUUCAAAACAUUUCUAUAUGAUAUUACCGUAUAUGGUAGCAGAUUUAUCUGGUAUUUUACAUAACCCGAGGAUAACACUAGAAAUGCCUGAUAUUAAGAAUAUAAUGUUGCAAGUAUUGGAAGGUGUCAAUUACAUUCAUUGUCAAAAAUUCAUGCAUAGAGAUAUUAAGGCGGCAAAUAUAUUAAUAGAUCAUAACGGUAUUUUGAAAUUGGCAGACUUCGGAUUGGCUAGAACCUAUUACGGUUCACCACCCAAUUUAAAGUAUCCUGGUGGAGCCGGAUCAGGAGCUAAAUAUACCUCAGUGGUAGUAACGAGAUGGUACAGAGCUCCGGAAUUGGUUCUUGGGGACAAACACUAUACAACUGCCGUAGAUAUAUGGGGCGUUGGCUGUGUGUUUGCUGAAUUAUUUGAAAAGAAACCCAUACUCCAAGGUUCCUCUGAUAUAGAUCAAGGCCAUAUUAUAUUCAAAUUAAUGGGUACUCCAACAGAGGAAGAAUGGAAGUUGGCACAUUACCUUCCAGGUUCAGAGUUGACAAGGACUAAUUACAAAAGUACAAUUGAUGAAAGGUUUGGCAAGUGGUUGGAUAAGUCAGGUUUAGAUUUUUUGAAAGGUCUGCUUGCCUUAGAUCCUUAUAAGAGAUUAACAGCCAUGUCGGCAGUUAAACAUGAAUUCUUUAAGGAGGAACCAUUACCAUCUACAACCUUGAGCUUACCAUGCGAAGAAAGUCAUGAAGCAGAUAUCAAACGUUAUAAGGAAGAAACGCAUCAAGCGAUGUCUACAAAAGCGCCAUCUGCACCUCAAGGUCAUAUUAUCGAACGAUCACAUUCUUCAACUAGGGUUGCUGCACUUCCUAGAGGACCAGUAAUGGAUAGAAAAAUGAAACCGACUGGUCCAAAUGAACAGCGACAACCACCUUCUGUAUCACAUCCAAGGCCCGACUACUCUCGUUAUUCUCAAACAAAGCAACAAAAUACCGGUAAUGGAUAUGCCGACCCUCAUCAUAAAUACCCAGUGACAAACUACUCACUGAAAAAGCGUCCAUACAACAACACACCAUCCUAUGAUUCAUAUAAUAGAGCACCUUUGGAAAACGAGGCAAAACCCCAAUCUCGACCAUCUGUUCAAAGUCGUUAUAAUAAUGCAACCAUCACAUUACCACUUCCUAAGGCACCUGCAAGGGCCAUUCCUUCAAAGCCGGUUGCUCAUCCUGCAACUCCUUCUGCAAAUAAGUCUCCUCCAAGAGGGCCUGCAACUUCGAGAUAUAAUAGUUCGAUGGGGCGCCCAACUCCGGUAGAGUCAGCCGUUCAAACUACUACAAAAAACAGUAACACAAGGAAAGAAGGUUCUUUAUUUGGUAGAGUUGGUGUAAAUAUAGAAACAUCCAAUCCACGAAAUCCUGAGACAGCAUCCAAUAGACGAACAUCUAAUACCAGAAUGAAGAGGAAACAAAAUUUUGACGAAGAUCAGGGAGAUUACGACGAGCAAGGUGAUAUUGCAGAUUUGUAUUGA